AACUUUAAAUCUACUUUUUUAUUCUUACCAGUUUGCAUUGCUGAGCCUCACAACGUUUUGUAGACUAUAUCCUACAGUCUUACAUAGUGUAGACACACGUUCGAGUGUACUGAUUUGGGAGACAGAAGUCGCUAAUUUUCUUACAUUACCAAAGUUUCUCAGGUUUACAACUGGGAUUGUUUUCCUCAACAUGGGUCCUCUUUUUGCACUGAUAUCACUGAGCUGUUUGGAUAUGUUGUUGGGGUGCCAACUUCCCCAAGACUGGAGACCCCAGACCGAGUCGUGCAGGGCUGAGCUAGCAGAGAUCAUUGUUUUUGCUAAAGUGCUGGCUCUCCACAAGGAUUCUUACAGCGUUUACAACUAUCUGCCCUGGCAAUAUAACACGGACCUCUUUUAUUCAGCGGAGAUUGAGAUGCUGUGCGACCAGGCGUGGGGCAGCAUGCUGGAAGUGCCAGCCGGGUCCCGGUUCAAUGUUACAGGGCUUGGGUACUUUCCAUGCUACUCUUACAGCGUUGUGGAGAACAAUGCAUAUUACUUCUUCUUAAGGUCACCAGUGAAAACAAGGAUGGAUGAGAAUUACAACAUCAUCCCCCAUGGAGUUAACUUCCAGGAUCCCAUUUUCACAGAUACAGCAGAGAAUCGACGCAUGUUUGCCAGCCUCUUCCAGUUCGCAAACUGCUCCAGUGGAACCCAGAUCGAAACCUACACCCCGGACUGGGAGUUCCAAGAGGACAGCAGGCUGCUAUGCUCCACGGUGCAAAAGGCCCUGUUUGAGGAGGAGGAGCGAGUGAAGACGCUCUCACAGAAAGUGCGCUCGCUGGAGAAGGCUAACAACCACCUGAGGGACAAGGUGAGGAAGAUGAAGCGCUCCAUACGACAGGUCAAGAAGGAAAGCAAGCGAGAGGCCCUGCUAAUCAAGCAGCGGCACGAGAAGGAGAAGGCCGUCAAGCAGACAACGAGCAAGGACCACCUUAAGAAGCCUCUCAAGAAAAUAAUCAGCAACAAACUGAAAAAAUGAACACAUUUUAUAAAAGUGAACAAAAAGGAGCAAGCCUCUCUGCUGGGUGGCAGGCAAAUAAUGUCAUUACCAAAUUAAUUCCCUAAGGAAUAGACCCAUAUUUAACAGGUACUUCGUAUGCAUAUGAGAUAGUAAGCCCUAUUAUAAAUUAUAUAACUAUUUAACUUUAAUUGGAUUAAUGCUUUUUUUCUGUUUUUAAAAAUGUGUUUAAAAGAGGCCGCAAAACAAUAAAAUGAAUACAAGUUGUGGGAAUAUCAAAUAGAGCCAAGCAUGACACACACCGUAUAUCAGUAGAAUAUUGUAUAAUGAUGAUUAAGGUACUCCACUAUGAUUUUUAUUACAAAGAACUGAAUUUUCAACACUGCAUUAGACACCUUUAUUGCUCGAGUUGCACACAUUAACAUUCCCUCUUAAUUAAAUGUAUUUAAACACAAACAAUGUCUUUAAGGAAGAUGGCCAUAGUGAAUUGAUAUGUUGUUGGAUUCGCUCUGUGGUAUUUCUGAGGCAACUUUAAACAAGCAACUAAGCAGUACAGCCUAAAUGGGUGCUUUUUCAAUGGCUACUUUGACAGUUGUAUGCAGUAGAAUAUUUUUAAUUGUAAUGGCUUUCACUGUACAUAUUUGGGGUGGGUAAAAAAUCUGAAUAUAUCUACAGCGAUAGAAUAGAAACUAGAAGUGCUAUAAGGUGUGAGCUGUGAGUGCUGAGCAUUUGUUAAACCUCCAUUCAUAUCAGUGUUACAGCUAAACACAUUGUGUAGUAAAACUGCAGGCAGCUCAUAGAUUAUAACUAUAAUCUCCCACCAUCUAAACAUAAUAAUAUUUUGUAUUGCAAGCAUAGUAUCUAGCACAGGUGUUAGUUUAGAAUGUAUGUUAUCGUUACUCUAACUGUUGUACUCAAAUACAAAAUAAAAUUCUUAUUCAUUUUCA